AUGUCUGAAACAGCCUCAAAUUCAAAUAAUCCUUUCAUAAAAUCUUUUUGGUUGGGAAAGUCUGAACAAUUAUCAGUGGAAAAUUAUAUGAACUUUUGGCAAAGUUGUUUGAGUGACCAUGCUAAAACGAUGAUUUUAAUUGAUGAUGAUGAUGAACCAAGUGUCGAAAGCAAUUAUAAAGAAUCGUUUUGCGAGAAAGGAUUUUUGACACAGAAUGCUAUUGGCAGUCUGUUGGACAGCUUUUAUUCGUAUGACACAUCUGAUGAAACAGCUUUUAUGAAAGCGUCCGUAAAGAUUAAAAUUCUUGCAAAAAUGGCUACUUUUUUUCUCGAUUCUAAAAUUUUUUCAUCAAAUGAUUUUUUGAAUUUGUAUAAAGAAGAAAUAUCAUGGAGUGGAUAUUUUGAUCUAUAUUUUGAACAAGAUUUUUAUACUGCUCUACUUUUAGGGAUUUCUUCGUUAGAAAGGAUAUUAGGUUGUAUCAUCUUUACAAUUCGUAAAGAAACAUCUUUAAUUCCCAACCUGAUUCGUGAUCUCUUAAUUUCGCCUCCACUUGUUCAAGUGUUGGGCAAAGACAUUGUAUUUUACCUUCGUUGUUUAAUUGGCCCACCAAGUUCAAUGAAUCUGAGAAAUAUUCUUUGGCAUGGAUUUAUUUGCUCUAAAGAAUUUUUACCCGUUCCUGCUAGAUGGUAUUCGGCUCUCAUAAUAAUAACUAUCAUGAGACAAGAACAUCGUAUGAAUACAGUAGAAGUAGGACAAUAUUUUUUGACAUUGGAUAUCAUAUUAGAGAAAUAUAUUUCUUGUGAAUAUUUUAGUGAUAUUAAUGAUGAAAAGGAAAGUGUAGGAAAGAAUCCAAAAAAUUUGAUUUAUGAUGAAUUUUGUGGUGGGACAAUGGAUCUUAUUCUUGAUCUUUUUAUUCAUACUGAUGGUCCAAGACUUAGAAAUCGUAUAGCUCAUGGAGAAGUGAACCAUCUGAUUUUGUCAUCAUCACCAAAUCCAUUAUAUCCAUAUUUUAUAAGCUUAUUAAUUUUAUUAUGGACUAAAUAUCGAAUUAAAUUUACAAAUACUAAAUCCAAAGAUAAUAAUAAUAUUGACGAAAAUGUUGUAAAUGAUGAAGAUGAUAGUCAAACUAUUAAUAAUACUUAUGAAAAUUGGAUAUCUCAUUAUCAAUCAAGGUUUCAUCCUAUUCCUAUGCUUUGGAAAGAAUGUACCCAAUUAAUUUUAAAUAUUUGGAAAUGUUGGAAAGUUACAGAUAUGAUUAUAAAUAUGGAAAGAUUUAUUUUAGGUGACUGGAUUAAUGACUUAGACUCUACUAGAAUUGAAUUUAAUAAUAAUAACAAUGAAACAAAUAAUUUGUCAACUAAGACUUUUACUCAAUCAAAUGCUCGGUUGAAUAGUUUGUUCGAACAACAAUUUCUGAUGGAGAUUCUUAAAGAGAAUAAUAUUUCAAAUGUAAUACAAAAUUGUUGUGCGAUAUUUAAAUCGAAUAAAUGUGGGAAUAAUAAUGUUAAUAAUUCUGAAGAACCUAUUUACUGGUGUCAAAGAAAUUAUACCAAGGAGGAUGCAAAAUUUAUUAAUUUCCAGCGGGUUGUGAUUAAUAAGGCAAAUGAUGGUGUUGAGAAGCUACAAAAUAUCUUGGAAUCUAUACACACUUCAACUUCACUUUCUUCACGAAAACGCAAAAAUGUGCAAUCAUUGUUUACACUGUUUCCCUCUAUGCUGCAACAACUUUAUUUUGCUCUUAAAUGUUUAUAUGCUCAAGAAUAUUCAACAUCAUCCUUGAUUGUAUCUAAACAACAAAAAUCUAUGUUGGCAGUAUUGGUGUUUAUUGAAAGAUGGUGCGGGCAUUGUCUUGAAGGAAGAUGGAAAAAUAUUGCUGAAGUUUUUGAAGAAAUGAAAAAAACGAUAAAAAAAAAUAAUAUAAAAUUUUAA